UGACAUACCUACAUGAAUCUGUUCCUACCCAACUUACUCUUGUUUAUCAUCACCAGAACUGUCAUUCUAUUUUAAAAACCCUCAUUUCGAAAUGACGACUAUCCGACCAGCAGACAAGGCCGGCUCAUGGUACGAGAAGAAACCGGAAGAUUUACGCCCUGAGCUGCAAAGCUACCUAACGGCAGUCCCGGAGAGUUUGGACAGAGUUUCACUGCCCAUUCCCGGAGCUCGUGUUAUCAUCGCGCCCCAUGCGGGAUAUGCAUAUUCUGGGCCGUGUGCAGCUUGGGCGUACAAGACUCUUGACUUGAGCCAUGCCAAGCGUGUCAUCGUCCUGGGUCCAUCUCAUAGAUACUAUCUCGAAGGAUGUGCUGCCACUAACUUUGAAAAGUAUGCAACACCAUUUGGCGACUUGGAGAUCGACCAGGAAGUGGUCAGAGAGCUCCAGGAGGCCUUAGGAAUGGAGAAUAUGCCCAAACGCCGCGAGAUCGAGGAACACUCUCUCGAGAUGCACAUGCCAUAUCUUUAUCUUCGCUGUCAGGAGUCAUUUGAUUCGCCUGAUAAAUUUCCCAAGAUUGUGCCUGUGCUUGUAGGCAGUAACAACGGGGAUGAGGAGAAUGUUAUAGGACGAGCUUUACUGCCAUACCUCAAAAACCGGGAGAACGCCUUUAUAGUCAGCUCCGAUUUUUGUCAUUGGGGUGGUCAUUUCAGCUACCUACCCUACUCACCCACGAAAAGUCCUUCUGAUCUGACACAGUUGAGAAAGGAAGACCCCAGACCCAGUGGUCCCCCAAUUCACGAGACGAUUAGAGUCAUAGACGAAGCAGCCAUGGAUGCUGUUGAGAGUGGCGUUCAUGAAGCUUUUCUUGCCACUCUGCGACAAACCCGUAAUUCGGUAUGCGGACGACACCCUAUCGGAGUCAUGAUGGCGGCUUUAGAGCAGCUACGCAAGCAGCCCGAGAACAAAGACAAGGGGCGAUUUCGUAUCCUCAAAUAUGACCGCAGCAACUUGGUCGAUACGCCGGGUGAUUCCAGCGUCAGCUAUGUGUCUGCAUAUGCUGUUCUCUGAGUAUGGAAUUUCAACAUGUGGGCGUUUUGGUGUGGUGGAAUGAUAGUCUUUGAAAUCGGAUGGAGUAUCGAAUGCAUGUGCUGGACUCACGAUGGAGGGAGAAGUUGUACUAUCAUUAGGUGGUCCCGGGGAGCCAAGAGAUUGGGUCACCAUUAACAGAUGUGCAAAUAAAUAACAUGAUAUUGGUAGGAACUGUGCAAUCCGCAAAUGGUUGGAGAAUUCAAAGUCAUAUUUUGUUCAAGCAAGGUUCUCGGAAUAAGCCUAUGGUAGAGUCCGUCGGAAACGGAUUUGGGAAGCUUGUUGGUUUGUGCUGCGCAGCAAGUUUCUGCGGCUGAAAUAUGAGAUGGAUGGCUGGAAGGGUGUCAAUUGUCUCGUCCCUUGAACGGCAGAGUAAGACGAAGGAUACAUUUGCUGGCGGAGCUGGCCAAGGGCAUAAGCAACGGGAAAUUACGAGGUACAUAUAAAUAUCCCGACUUACCCUCUAGUAAAAGAGUUGCCAUCACUAUAAGGUUGAUAUGCUAUAGAUGCAAUCGUUUCCGUG